AUGUCUUCAAUAAAUCUAGUUAAUAAUUCGAUAUUGGCAACGACUAGGCGGGAAAAUAAUAAAGCAGACAAUUGCAUACUAUCCAAUGAAGAUUUUUCGGAUAGACCAUUUAUAACUCAAUGCAAAUCAUCAUAUCCCAGGAGAGACAAUAUAUUGCAAAAACAAGCAUCAUUCAUUCAAAAUUCAAGGAAUGACAACUUAAAGUCAUUGAAACAUCAACCUUCGAAACUUGACCUCAUAGACGAUACAAAGUUGACAUCACUUCCAUUGCCACCCCCACCUAAAAUGCGAAGUUCUGUGGCUUCAUAUCCCGGCAAAGAUACUGAGCAUAGCAUUAGAUGUUCAGAGUCAGUUUCAACGUAUAACACAGAUGAUGAAUACGAUGAAGGAAUUGAAGAAAGUGAAGACCCAAUAAUUUUAGUGGAAGAUUACAUGACUAGUGAAACUAAUGUUAAUACUGAUGAGCAAAAACACAUUAAUAAAAGGGACUCCUUGGCUGUAUUUAAGGAUCGUAUAUAUCAAAACGAAGACAGAUCUAGCUUGUCUACGAUAUCUGCUACCUCAACCAUAAUCAGCAAGCUCACUAAUCCCAAAACUCCUUUCGAAACGAGAUGUACAUCUAAUGAAACCUUGUCGAAAACUAAAAUUACAAGAAAAGAACAAGAUCUUGAAGAAAUUUUUGGCAAGAUACCUGGAAGUGAUUCCUUAAAGUAUUGUGAUUUAUGCGAAAAGCCAUUAUAUGAAAUAAGUUCCUUGAUAGAUAAUAAAAUUGAUUCUACUUUGGAGCAUACCACAAACGAAACGCCGCUGUGCAAGGAAAAUGCCCGUUUAUAUAGUGAAUUUGUUUGCUGGGAGUGUGUCGAGACAUACGAAGAAUUUUUCAAUGAAUUGUGUGCAAACGAAUCGGAUCACUGUAAAAGCGAUUUUAAGGAAACCAUUGACAAGAAUAACGCAACAGGUUCCAUAAGACUAUUUGAAAUAUUUCAUGGCAUCAACCAGAAAUACAAUAUUCAAAAUUCCAGUGGACAGAGCGAACUACAUUUUUCAUCUUAUUUAAUACAAAAGUUGUCUAAAUUGAAUAGCAGUGCAGAUUCAAUACCGAUGGGAGCCCAUAGUCGGUCCGAAACAUUUGAUUGGGUGAAAUAUUUACAAUACCAAUUACGAUGGAGAUGGCGAAUAGCUGGCCUAAUUCCAAACGCCUUCAAAUCUGACUCAGAUCAAAGUUAG